AUGAGCACUCCAACCGAUGAGAUAACCAUCCUGGGGGCCACAGGAUGGACCGCCACAAUCUGCGCAGAGCACAUUACCAAGACCUUCCCAACAAAUACGAGGUGGUGCAUUGCAGAUCGUUCAGCCGCAAAGCUUGAAGCGCUGCGCCAAGACUUACGGGCUAUCGAUCCAGAUCGAUUGGGGCCAGAGACUUACGUUAUCUCUCAACUUGACGCUGAAGCCUGUGCCUGUAACGGCACCCAUUAUGUCGACCUUAACACCGAGACUGCAUGGAUCGCCGAAAUGAUUCGUGAUUUUAACCAGGUGGCCAAAGGUUCAGGUGCAAUUAUCAUCCCGGCUAUCUCGGGAUCAAGUGCUCCAUCUGAUCUCCAAGGCCUACCAAUAGCAUCUGAAAUCGUAUGCUCUGGAAAGCUCAACAUGCUUGGGAUGCAAGGUGGUUCCCUGCAUACUGUUCUUGACGUGGCUGAGACUUAUGGGAUCAAUGGCUGGUUGACUUCUGACACCUCGGUCUUGUUGCCAGAUCCCAAACAUGUGGUCAAGAAAAGCAAGGAACUUCUGGGUCAUGGUUACGACCAACAUCUUGGACAUCUGGCAACAUCCUUCGUUGCGUGGGGGAAUCAGUCCGUCGUCCAACGAUCAGCAGCCUUGAAUUCGAAGAUUUACGGACAAGACUUCGUUUACAAAGAAUACAGCCCAGCCACUGGCCUCAUAUCUGCACUACUCAUGCACAUCGUCACAAAACUGGGCAUUCUCUUGCUUGCAGUGCCUUGCUUCAGAUCCUUCGUCCGUGGCAAGUCUUUCGAUCGAGGAUCUGGACCCGACAGAGAUGAAAGCCACAAGAUCGAGAGCGCGGAAUGGAAAGCAGUUGGUUACGUGACUGGCAAGGAAGAGCCAGUGGCGUUUGCAAAGUUCAGCUACAAGGGAACGCUGGUUGACAUGGCGGCAAUUUUAGCGGUGGAGGCUGCAGCGACAAUUAAUCAGAUGAACAAGCCUGAGGCUACUGGUGCAGGACCAUUGACGCCAUCAACGUUGGGUAUCACAUUUGUGGACCGAUUUCGGGCAGCAGGUUUUGAUCUCACGGUCGAUGGACUUGAAAGUCAUUGA